CAAAUUUAAGGACUUUCUUUAUUCUCUCCAUAAGAAAGAAGUCAACGAAUAACUUUUUCGAGAUUUUGGGUUAAAAUUAAUUUUCCCGCGUCAAAGAGAGACCACACCGCCUAAAAAAACCCAAGAAGGAAAGAUUAUCCCGCCGGUUCCAAAUCCUUUUACAUUUCAUCCCCGGCAAAAUCUCCAAUAACACAUUUCUCUGCACCACUGCUCUCUUCUCUUCCUCUCUCUUCCUCGAUUGCAGAGAAGCUCCGAUGGAAAACUCCAGAUCUACUAGAUCCGUCUUCGUCGACAUCGGACUAAGAGAGCUCAACGGAUUCCGAGUAAGGAAGCGACCGUUCUUCGCAGAUUCCGAGCUGAUUUGCAGAGAAAUCGCCGGCGUUUCUGUGGAACACGAAGGGAUUCGAACUCCGCCGUUGGCCGUUUCCUUUUGUAAGAGUAGCAGGAAUUCUCAAGUAUUCGCCGUGUCAGAUGAAGAUGGCUAUGUGAGUCUCUUUAAUUCGAGUAAGAGGUUUGCCUCUUCUUCAUCUCACCAAGAGAAUACAGAGAAUGCCAGAUUCCGUGACUGGGUUGCUCAUUACAAUGCCGUCUUUGACAUUUCUUGGAUCAAGGGAGAUAGUUGUCUUCUGACUGCUUCUGGUGAUCAAACUAUUAAAGUAUGGGAUGUUGAGGAGAGCAAGUGUACUGGAGUCCUUGUAGGACACACAGGAACAGUGAAAUCAAUGUCUUCACAUCCAACAAAUUCUGAUCUUCUUGUCUCUGGUUCGAGAGAUGGAUGUUUUGCGCUAUGGGACAUGAGAUGUAAAAGUAGCUCUCACAAUGACGAGUCUUGCAUCAACUCUACUGGCAUGGUUAAAGGAGCUCACUUGUCUCCUCUUUCAAAACGAAACACACGUCGCAAGGCUGCUUCAUCAAGCAUUACCUCUGUGCUUUAUCUCAAGGACGAGAUCACAAUUGCCACUGCUGGAGCGCCAGAUAGUGCUUUGAAAUUUUGGGACACAAGGAAGCUGAGAGUUCCUUUUGCUCAAGCAUCUCCACAGUCAGACCAAACAAACACUAAGGAAAAGAGAUCACAUGGUGUAGUAUGCUUGUCCCAGGACUCAAGUGGAACCUUUCUUACAGCAUCAUGCAAAGACAAUAGAAUCUAUCUAUACAACACGCUGCAGCUUGACAAAGGACCUUUACAAUCUUUCUCUGGCUGCCGAAUAGAUUCUUUCUUCGUUAGGACAAUGAUUAGUCCUGAUGCCGAACAUAUUUUGAGCGGUUCAAGCGAUGGAAACGCUUACAUAUGGCAGGUCAACAAGCCUCAAGAAGAUCCUACAGUCUUGAAAGGCCAUGACUAUGAAGUUACCGCAGUAGAUUGGUCUCCAUCAGAGAUUGGGAAGGUAGCUACAGCGUCAGAUGAUUUCACGGUACGAUUGUGGAACAUAGAGAACAACCGUUGCUCAAACGCAAACGCACUAGCUUCUGCGUCUAGAGUUAAACGUAGAGUGACCGCAUUGUCAGAUAGUGAAGCCAAAGAAAGACUGGAGCUGAACAAAGAACCUGAGAGUCCCCAAAAGCAUUCAUCAGAUGAUGAUGAUGAUUAUACUAAUAAUCAGUCAAUGCCAAUCAUCAGAACUCCAGAAUCUCAGAAGAGGAAAGCAUCAUCAUCAUCAUUAUUGUCAUUGUCAUCAUUAUCAACCUCAGACGAAGAUAAAACAUGCGAGAGAUCACCAGAAACGGCGUUCAACAGUCCAUCCUCUGUCCUAAACCCUCCUUCCUCCGUCAAAAGGCGAACCAUUACAGAUUAUUUUCUUGUCACUCCCUAAUAACCCCUAAUCCAUUCGUCAUUUUUUUGUCAAAAAUAUUGUACAGAUAAUUGUAAGAUUUAUGAAAUCCAGGUUAUAAUUAACAGUUUUGCAUAAGGACAAAGUGAAUCAGAAGCUAUUUAUUCAGAGAAA